AAACUGUGAAAGAGGCAGGGACCUACAGGAUCUGCUGCAGGAGGCGGAGAGAAAACGGCCGCCAGAUCCCAGGGAACAGGGCUUGGACCAUGGAUGCAGGGGCAGCCCCGAGGUGGAGAGGGAAGGUGUAGGGUCAAGGGAAGGAGCGGGCAGCGGCGGCGAGCAAGGAUGCAGGACUAGCGGGGCAAGGCUGACGGAGAGGUCGGAGGAGGGAUCGAUGGUGGGACUCGGCGUGUAGGGAGGGGGAGGCGCGGGGCAAGAUCGACGGAGAAGGGGGGAAGAGCACCCGAGAGCCAAGGAUCAGGACUGGGGGGUCGCGGGCAGGAUCGGUGCUCCUUGACCAGGGGAUGAAGAAGGGGGGUAGGAGACUGAGCGCCAGGCUCUCGAGGUAGGAUGUGGGCAGGGUUCAGGGGCAACUACGGCAGGAGUUGUUAGGUCCUCUCCAUUUCUUGGUCUCGCUGAUCAAACUUCCCGGAGGCAUCAGAAGGGACCCCCCAGCCCCUUAGUACCGCCUCGCCUGCUGCCCUGUGCCCGUCCCCUCCCGGUAAGAGGAAGCGGAGUUGUUGCCACCCUUGCUGUAAAAGGGGAGAGCAGGGAGUCCUUCCUCUCAGCUCUCCAGGAGAAGAUCUAAGAGUGCCCAGGGGCUGGCAAGCGGCCUCAUCCAGCCCAGGGGCUAUGGAACGGGUGGAGGUGAUUAACAUCCAGCGCCUUCUGGAGGCAGCUGAAUACCUGGAGCGCAGAGAGAGAGAGUGUGAGCAUGGGUAUGCCUCGACCUUCCCCUCCAUGCCGAGCCUUGGACUGCAGGACCCAAAGCCACCGCAGAGGCUGAGCCGGGCAAGAAAGCAUAGCAGCGGAGGGAGCAGCACGGGCACUGCUAACAGAUCUACGCACAACGAACUAGAAAAGAACCGACGAGCUCACCUCCGCCUGUGUCUAGAACGUUUAAAAGUUCUGAUACCACUAGGACCUGACUGCUCCAGACACACAACCCUCGGGCUGCUUAACAAAGCCAAAGCACAUAUCAAGAAACUUGAAGAGGCUGACAGGAGAAGCCAGCACCAGCUUGAUAACCUGGAAAGAGAGCAAAGAUUCUUAAAGCGAAGAUUGGAGCAGCUGCAGGGCUCUCAGGAGAUCGAGCGAAUACGAAUGGACAGCACUGGAUCAACCAUUUCCUCAGAUCGCUCUGAUUCAGAGCGGGAAGAAAUCGAAGUGGAUGUGGAAAGCACAGAGUUCUCCCAUGGAGACGUGGAUGAUAUCAGCACAACCAGUACAAGUGACAUUGAUGACCACAGCAGCUUGCAAAGCAUUGGGAGUGAUGAGGGUUACUCCAGCGCUAGUGUCAAGCUCUCCUUCACUUCCUAGAGCAUGGUGCUAGGGCAGAGCAGAUGAUUUCUUUGGGGUAGUUGAAGUUCACACAGCAGAGCUCUUAGAUACAGUAUUUUUCUUCUCCAAACCGCACUUCAACAGCUAAGCUUGGACAGAUGCAACUCUAGAAUAGCUCUGUGGGUCCACAGGAGGGUGGGAACCUAACAGGGGAGUCAGUCAGUCUCCAUACUGUCAUAGUCCAAAAUACUGACUUAGUGCUGAACCCAUAGCUAUUUUGACGUCUGAAGCAGGACUCCAGUUGUGCACAGCUGGACUGAGAUUUGCCCAUGUAUAAGUGGAUAGCUUUGCUAAGAGAUUAUUUGAUUUGGACAAGGGAUCUUGGUUAUUCUGGCCCCAAUCCUUUUUCUCAGUUUGUCAUACCUUCUGAGAAAUGGAAUUUUUUCCAUCUUCCAAAUUUAGCAAGCUUUGUUAAGAGCCCUUGUGGUGCUAAAUAUAAAUAAAAACGUUAGUCCAAUAUCUCAUGAUGAUGAUCUAACGCUAGUCCCAGAUUGUGGGACAAAAGUAGCCAAGGUGAUACUAGUUUCUUGGACCAGCCUCUUCUGAUGAGUUUGCACAAUUUUAUGAAUUACAAAACUCCUUUUUUCAUUCUCCUUAAAAUCCCAUCACUUGAUUGAAGCUUCUUUCCCCCUUUAACCUGAACGCGAGAACUAUGGGAAGUUCUUGUGUACUCUCACCAGCAGUAGCUAGUCCAGUCAACACCUUCUGCCCACUAGGUUUCUCCAGUCAGCUCUGAUCAUUAUUACCUAAGAGAUAACAAUAAUAGUUAGAAGCUCUGCUCAUGCCCUGUGAAAAGAGAGGUGCUGCAAAUCUGGAAGCAAUUCUCAUUCAGCUCAACUUUUCAGCUGGACAUUGUUUCAAGGCAAGAGCUUGUGCCGCAUUAUUUAGCACUAGGGUGUUGAGCUGUAAAAUACCAGCACACAGUGCAACUGCUCUCUGGAUUCAAUGGCUACAGCAGUAACUCCUUGUCUAUAGAGUGAUGCUUCUGACAGAGCGAGACAGACAGACAGACAAGCCUGUAAAAGAUAUGAUGUUCAGGAAAGGCACAGCCUCCAUUCUGAGCCGCAAUUAUCCUUUUUUUUUCCUUUUGCAAAUUAUUUUGAUAAAUGUUUGUAAAAGUUGUUCAGGUGAGAGAACCUACAUGCAACAAUGUCUUUUUAGAACUCCUAAGCAUGAUUCUGCAGAUGUCUUUUGUAACUAACACCAAUGGAAAGGGACCCGUUUUUCUGCUGCCAUGCACAAAAGGAACAGGGAACUCUCCUCGGGUUUUAUGGCUCUUCCUUUUGAUUUCCUUUAUGGAUUCCCUUUGCAAACUUUGCCACCUGGAUCCAACCAUAGUUGUGGGCCCACAGUUAACAUGGCAUGUGUCUCACAGUUCCUCAGGGGACGCCUCUCACUCUCCCUGAGCAGGAACUGUUGCAGUUGUCUUGCUGUUAACAAAAUAAGAUUGUAUCCAAUUUUUAAAUGAUUUUCCUUUUGCGAUAAGCUUUCUAACCUGCACUUUGAGGUCUUCUUUGCUUUCACUUUUAAGUUUUUAACUACAAGGAUUUUUAUUAUUGUUCCUUUACCAAGUUUAAACUUCUUUUUUUUAGAGACCUCAUUUAUGACACUUGUUUGAGACUUAAGUAAUUUGCCUACCCCGUAAUUACUAAGGGAAAAAAAGAGA